GGGGGGGAGUUUUGUUGGAUUGGGAGGGAGAGGUCACAAGUGGAGGGAGCACAACGUGAAAGAUGGGACCACAUGCUCACCUUACUCCACCCAAACAAGGUUGAUGCAUUAAACUUGCCGGCCUUCCCCCUUCACCUAUGGAUUGCUCUUCCUCUGUAAAAAUUUUAAAGGAAGCUGGUUUUUCAGUUUAUAUUGAUUACUGAACCAUGAUAUAUGCUAAGCUGAUGUCAGUUAUAUUUUUGCUGUCCUAUAUAUCGUCUGGUUUCCUGUGCAGUCAUCUUGCUUUAUUCACCUCGCCUCUGGUUUUUCCUUUUUUUUCCCCCUUUAAUGAAUUUUGAGUUUGAUGACUGCGUUUCAAUUUUUCUAUUGUUUGUGAUGAAGUUGAAAGAUUCUAAUGUUGAAAGCUUUCUCUGACAUCUCCAUACGAUUGGGAGAGCUUGUUUGUUGUUGCUGCUGGUUGGUUUUGUACAUGCAGGACCAGUACGUAAAUCACAUUGUGAAUGAAACAGGAGCAAUUGUCUCGCUAAGAGGACGUGGUUCUGGAAAUGCUGAAAAUGUACAGGGUGAAGGGGGACAGCAACCACUGCAUUUGUUCUUGUCAAGUAAUAAUCCAAAAAGUCUAGAACGUGCAAAGCUUUUGGCUGAAAAUCUUUUGCAUACAAUCUGCGCAGAGUGUGGUGCCUCCAGGGUUUCAUCAUCUAACAUUUAUGGUGCUGUUCCACCCCCUCAGCAAGUUUUGGCUGGAAUUCUGAGUUCUGGCACUGAGUUCAAAGCAAAUAUUAUACCAGUUACUGGUUUGACAUCAUCGAAUGGUGGAUCUGUACCGGUUCCAGCAGACUCCCCAGUUACAGUUUCUGGUCCCCCUCCUGUCUUCUCCCAGGGGGCAGUACCUCACCUUCAGUCCCAAUCAAACGUGGUUUGCUAUCCUCAGCCUUUCUUAACAGGUGGAACAAGCUAUAGCGGAUAUGGUGGGAUAUACCCUCAGGUCACACCUUUGCAACAAGUUGCCUUAGCCCUUAGACAGUCAACUUCGACAGCCACUUCUACAGUUGCACCUUCUACGGCAGAAGCAGUCACAGCAUCAAAUUCAAGUAGGAGUUCUUCGGAGAAGAAUAAACCACCUCCACAGAAACGAAAAUUUCAGGAAUUACCAGUUGCUUCAAAGGAGCCUGCAAAACCUCACCAGAAAUCCUUACAGGGAUCAAAGUUUCUAAAGCCAUGUGUACUAACAUCAGAUUUGGAUGUAAGAAACAUCUCAACAAUGCCAGCUCCAAAGAAGUUAGUCCAGUCUUCAUCUGAUGGAAUGCCACCUCCUCCUCCGAGGACCAUGCCUCUGCCCCCAGCAAGGACCAUGCCUCCACCACCUCCAAAAUUCAAUUCGUCGAUGCCUGACCUGAAAGCGCUCAAGGACAAUUCCAUGGAUAAAUUAAAUGCGGAGACUCUCCCUGAUACUCUGGUGAAGCUAAUGGAGUAUGGAGAUGAAGAUGAAGACCUUGAGGAAACCACUGAAGAACCUUUUAAGGACAACUCGGAUGCACUACCAGUUCAAAAGCCAUUCUGGGCUGUGUAGACCUCAGGUCGUGGGAAAUUGUAGGAUAUCGACCAAGUACGAGUGAACCUAGAGACAGUGUGUUCCAGUGUGUUCCAUUUGUGCCGAGGAAGUGCCUGAUGUUGCAUGUUGCUAUGAUGAUGUUGAAAUUGCCCGUACUGCAAGUUGCCUCUCAGCCUGCCACAGUAAAGAGGUUGCUUAACACUGGGUCUUAGCUCUUUAGCAUUGGUUGUUGCAAGGUAGGUUGUAGCAUGCCAAUGGUAUAUAAUCAGAGCUAGGACAAAAGAGUUUAAUUUUCAAGGGAGAAAUUUGAGGGUUUUUUUUUUGAGGAAAAACCUCUCACGUUACCGAUGAGAGUUGAAUCAAGUUUAUAGUUUGUCUCGAACUAACUCAACAUCAUUUGACUACUUGUAUGGGUUAUCAAUUUUUAAAUAUUGUUUUUGGUCAUUUUCAAUUUU